GCCCGCCUUGUAGUCUCCAAUGGUUUCAAUGAUCAAAUCCCCCGGUCAUUUCCUUGAUGAUAUUAAUACGGUACACGACAAUUCAUCGUCCGCCGUUUUAUAUCAACUUUUCCAAGUUCUGGUUUGCAACAAACAUCGAAAAGAGCUCAAAUACUGAGACUCAUUUAUCUAUCUAUUUGAACAUGGCCUCCUUUCCCAAUAUUUGGACUCACCGUAAGGUGGCCGACACGGCUUCCAAGCCUUGUGAGAUUUGCUAUAAACCUAGUGCAAGUGUCCUGAUAACUCCGGAAAACAAGGUGAAUAGCAUCAUCCUAUCUGUUGAAUUGAUUGCUUAACAAUUCCCUUCAGGAUUUCUUCUAUGUAUGCCCAUCACAUUUAAAGGACAAAGGGUUUGCUACACCUAUCGUAGAUCAGGCUGCUAUUGCUGCUAAGAAAAAGAAAGAGUUGGAUGAUGAAAUUGAACGCGUGAAGCAGGAAUUUGAAGAGAAGCAGAAGAAGAAGAAGAAGGAGAAAGAUACCUCCAAAAAGGACGAUAAGGAGAAGGAUGGUAAAGAUAGGAAUGACGAGGGGAAAGCAGAUGAGAAGAAGACUGAUGAAAAGGUAUGCAUGAUGCCUGAUCAUUCUCAAUCUUAUUAUUCCUACUAAGCUCUUUUCUUGAAUCUCCAGAAGAAUUCGGAUACUCCCGCAUCAUCAACACAAAGUUUAACACCGGACGAGGAACCUAGAGUAUUUUCUCUCAAAAAGAUGUUCUAUCAACAGAGACUUGACAAAAAGAAGCAGGCUGAAAUUGCAAGACGAAAUCGUGAACGUUUUCAAAGCCCGAACCUAUUUCCCCAGGUCCCCAAAGGUUUACCUUGACUUGAAUAUCCCGAGUAACCAAUAUUCUUACUUAGGUGGGAGAAGAAUCCAUUGGCCGGGUCGGUGUAGAUCUAUUUAGAUUCCACGUGACUGUGAUGAGCCUCAAACUCACAAGCGAUGUCAUGGAUUGAGGACACUACUUACCAAGACAAUUCAUUCUUUCAUUCACGAGCCAGCGGGAGAGUUUAGGGAGCACGUUAUUGUGCCACAUUUCCCACAAUCACACCUUUUCCUCGCGCAACUUUUACGCAUUCUAGAUAUGUCGGCCGACGGAUGUAACACAUAAGUUUUAUGGAGUUGGUUGGACUGGCAUAGUCAAAUUCGGACACGUCAUAUAGUUUUACUGCUAAGGAGAGUUGCAGUAUCAUAUGUUCACGAGGUAUUUAUGCUGACUGCAUGAUGAUCAACCCGUUAAAAAUUUGGUCAAUAUGGUCAAUGCAUGAGUUAGCGUUUAGCAUUGAUGGGUUGGUGUUCACCAGGGCGAUCACACUCUCCUUGUACUUUUAUCCUGGGAAUAAAACGUCAUCGAUCUACUCCUCACGGCAGUCACCAGGCUGAACCGAACGGUAUCAUCCUUGCCAGGCAGCCGAGUGAAAGGGUGGUAUUCAUCCGGCAAUUGCCUCGUACAAAACGCCGUAGAGGUACAUGCUUACUUGUGUUGAAUAAGGCAACCUGAUUAUUUCAAGCGAACAAGUUAUCAUCCUAAGCUCCUUUGC